AUGGCUCUCAGCUUCUUCAGUGGCGCGGGAAGCGCAAGCAACGCCAAGUACUUUGACAUUCGAUUGAACGACGACUAUAUCGUGUUCCGUGGCGACGAACACGGGGCAGCCAGCGCCCAUUUGAAGGGUACCUUGGUGCUCUGCUUGUCCGAGCCUCUCACUAUCAAACAUAUCCGAUUACAACUGACUGGCAUGUCGCGUGUGUGCUGGCACCUGCCUUCUAGCUCCACCGCCGGCGGCCGCAAAUCAUGGAGAGAACGAGUGUUCUACGACAAGACGUGGAGAUUUCGGGAUCCGGGCAAAGGCAAGACAGAAAUUUUGCCAGCAGGCAAUUAUGAAUACCCAUUCGAUGUGGUGCUUGAAGGCUCAAUGCCAGAGAGCGUGGAGGGGUUGUCGGAGACUUGGGUCAUGUACCGUUUCAAAGCCGAGAUCGGGCGCAAGUACGCCAAGGAUAUUGUUGCACGGAAGCCCUUGCGCAUCAUCCGAACUUUAGAUCCCAGCGCUCUGGAACUGUCCCACGCCAUGUCGGUCGACAACAUUUGGCCGAACAAGAUUGAAUACUCUAUCAGCACCCCGACCAAGGCUGUCAUUUUCGGCACGUCAAUUCGGGUGGAUUUCAAGUUGAUCCCUUUGCUAAAGGGGUUGCGCAUCGGCCAGAUUACGUCACAGUUAAUUGAAAGCCACGACUUGACCCUCAACCCGGAAGAUCCCGAUUCAAUACGCAAUACCUACAAAAUUACCCGUACGAUCUUGACCGACGAGCAUGAGUUACCAGAGGACGAUGUCGAAAUUAUCGACGAGGCCGCCGAGGGAUACCAAUCGACCCGCUACUUGGAUAUGCCGCAAACUUUGGCACGGUGCUUGCAGGAUACAGACACCAAGGGCAUCAAAAUCCGCCACAAGUUGAAGUUCCGUAUUCAGCUCCACAACCCGGAUGGUCACAUCAGUGAGCUUCGUGCAACACUGCCCGUCUCCAUCUUCAUUUCCCCCAAUAUUCCUAUUGAUGACAACAACAACCUGCUCAGCCAAACUCCCGUUGCAACUCGCCGAGCAGCGGAUGAUUUCGCAAACCAGGCUCCUCCCCUCUACACCGAGCACCAAUUCGACCAGCUGUACAGCGAAGUGGACCCCAAUGGGUACCGAACCCCAGGACCUGGUAGUGGAGGACCGGGAACGCCGUUUGGCGCGCUUAGCCGCAACAUUUCGGCAGAGAACCUCGCCUCAAUGAAUGCCCUCACGAAUACCGACAUCUCCGCAUCCGCUCUGCAUAGCCGUCUGACCAACCUAAGUGCCAACCGAUUUGGGCAGCCGUCCCCAAGCGACCCUCACCACGAUUCCCCGACUGAGAGUCACCCCAACUCACGACAGCUCAAUGUUCAUUUUGACUACUUUGGUCCCUCUUCCGGUUCCAACUCACACAGUCCUGCCAGCCCUGAGCUGUCCCGGAGAGCCUCUGACGAAGUCGAGCAUGAGCCGAUCCCGUCUGGGAUGGCCACGCCCUUCCACCCACAGUACGCUGAGGUCGAGACUCUCAGCCGGGUACCCAGUUACUCUACUGCGGUGCGCGCUGCUGUUGGCCCUUGUGACUCGAACCUUCCUGACUACAAUGCGGUGAUGGCGAGCUCGCUGCCCACCCCACCAGUCCUUCAGUCUCCGCAGCAGGCCUAUUUGCGUAGCGGUCGCAGCAGCGGGUUCUCUACCCCCUUGGAGGUUAAUCGUCCCGGACAAUUCCACUCGAGCGGCAACAAUGCUGACGACGUGGAACGCAGGCUUCGCUUGGCACAAGCCCGCGCUAGAGCGUGA